AUGUCGCUCGUCGCUGCGAACCCGCACUUGCAGGAGGCUCUUGCUUCCAUCAGCCAAGCUUCGGGCGAGUUCACCAACCCUGAUCCGCAGCUUAGAGCUCAAGGCGAAGCUACCUUUUUGGCUCUUCGACAGUCGGAAGGCGCGCUCGACUACGCCUGCUUCGCACUGGAACAUUCCCACGAUCCGCUCGUGCUCUUCCAGUCGCUCAACGCGGUCCUUUUCGUCUUGCCCUCACUGGCGCCUCAACAGCCAAGUCAGGGUGUCGCAUCUCUCUCGCUAUUGCGCGACUUUCUCCUUCACUUUUGCGUCUCCCGCAGUCAACAUUCCUCUGGAUCUCCCGACGCAGCUGCUUCGUGGCCACAAUACCUACGCUCUCGCGCCUACCAGACAGCCAUCGCUGUAGAGAAGCGACUUCUCGGUCUCGAGCUAGCUCAACAUGUUGGUCAGAUUACAGGCACAAAUUCAGCCCUCGAUACUGUCGUUGAAUCACACGUUGGCCUGCUCAACACACAGCUUUCGAGUCUGCUCUCGCUCCCGUCUCCCUGGCCCGUCGACGCUACGGAAUCAACCGCCGCGCUCGCGCGAAUCGUGACAGGUCUGGGCCUAGUCCGUGCUAUCGUGGAUGAAUUCAUUCUUACCAGCGCCAACGACGUCUUUGACUCUUCCUCUUCAGACCCAAGUCGAUCACAACCCUCUCGGUCCACUUCGAAACCUGCCGUGCCCGGCUCUGCAGUCGGUCUCAAUCUACUCCAGCAUCGCCAAUGCAAAUCGCUCAUCCAGAAUCAUGUCCUUGCUGGUCUCAUGACGGCUGUCUUCCAGCUGCUUUACAACACCAUCUCGGAUGCCACGAGCUCGUCUGCCGACACUGCCUCAUGGCGACAUACCCUCUUCUUCCAAGCUGCCUCGACCACAGAAAAGCUUCUCGGCUGGACCUUUACUCGCUUCGAUCCGUUCACCUCGACCGCUUGGCAGCAGCAGUCGAGCUCUCAGCAAGAAGACUCGAUGCUGGCGACCGGUGUAGACGAGGAGGACGAACCCAAUGCCGCGCUCGCAUCCAGCCAAAGCAAGAAGCUUCUUCGUCCGCAGCCGCUUCCCGAUGCUUUCAUUUCAGUGCUGCUAUCAGACGACGUCGUCUCUCUCCUUGGUGCAGCGUACCGCUUUGGUUUGCGGCUGCAAGCCUCAGGCACGGCCAGUCGCGACAUCUCAUUCUCAGUGCAUCGUCUUCGACAAUGCAUACUUUCCACGUGCAGCUUCACACCGCAGUCCCACAAGCCUCAACAUGUCCCUGCGCUGGUCUCCCGCACCAAACAUCUCUGCGCCGAGCUGCAGUCCCUGGUAGAACAGGAAUGCGCUUCCCCCUCCGCGCUCCUCUCUGCUCGAGGCAACUCGAUGCUCUUUUUGGCCCAGGCGUUUCAAAUCAUCGUUUCCGUCGUACCGCUGCAAAUCCUAGCCACUUCUCUGCAACAAGGCGCCAGUGGCGCCCAGGGAAGCUUCGCCUUCAUCUCGUCGCUUUCUUCGCUUGGCCAGGCGAUCUUUGGCCUUGCCUUCCAUCGACCCAAGGACACAGAUGAGGAAGACGACCUCGCUGUCCUCACCGAAGACACCGUUGACGUCCUUUUAGCUUGCUGGCAAGCACUGGCCUCAUCGCUGCAACAACAACAUACCGCUUAUGCACAGGAUACUCACGUCCAGAUUUUCGCAAAGACCGUCUUUGGCAGCAUUCGCGAUCAGGUCUUUGUUCCCUACGUCACUGGCCGUCUCGAAGCAGCCUCCGUCGUAAGCGGGGAAGAUGACAUGUCAGAAGUCGAAGAGGUCUCUGCCAAGGACCGAGACGUCUAUUCGGAUCAGCUGAUCACGAUUGCUAAUUUGGCGCGCACGUCGGCCGCCGAUAAUCUGCGUGCCUUGCAUCAGCUCGCCAAGCCUCUCUGCGACAAGCUGAUCGCCAAAUCACAACACCAAGCCAAUUUCACUGACUUCGAGAUGGGACAGACGUGGGAACAGAUUCAUUGGCUGGUGUUGAUUGCAGGGCAUGUUCUUGCUGACGAUGCGCGUGGCGAAACACCCGAGGUACCCAGCGAGAUUGCGAACAGCGCAGAGCCCGACGAUCCAGCUGUAGCCCUCAUCAUGCAGCUUGGCAUGCAGCUCCUUCAGCAUCUCUCCGCGUUCGGACCUGCCUCUGUCGAAGCAACGAGCCCGCAAGUAACAGAGACGCUGCUGUGGUUCACGGGCCGAUGGACGUCGUCCUACCUGCUGAUUGACCAACGCUCUGGCUUUGCCACCAAUGCUGCUAUCCAGCGCGCAUUCAGCGAUCAGGCAGGCCAACACGUCCUCACAUUCCUGCUUCAAAGACUUUCGGAGAACCUUCAGCUGUGGAUGUCAGACUCAGACGUGCUAUUGCAACUCGCUCAAGUCCUUUCAGCGUUCACCCGUUCCAGCGGCAUCAUGAUCUCCCUUCUCCAACUUCCCGAGAUGGAGCAGCUCGUCUCUGGUAUCGUGUCUGGUCUGGAUCAUCUUCCGGCCAACACCCACGGCGCACUCAUUGCCUCUGUGGUGAGCUGCAUCUACUCUGGCGCCACGCAUACCGAUGCCCCUUCCGAGCGAUCUGCCGAAUUCUACUUUAAGCAGAUCACCGCCUCGAUCGAAUCGCGAUUCGGCUCCCUACUUUCGCAAUCGGAUUUUGCAGCCAUUUCUCAGCGAUCCGACGUCAUCUCUGCUGUUCAAACCUCGCUGGAUAUGCUCGAAGGCCUUGCAUCUUCCAUCCAGCCCAACUCGGCGGAGAUCGUGUACGGAUUUAUUUCGAAGUUCUUCGGUGCCUUUUCGCAGCUCUGCCGCGUGUACGACACGCGACCGGAGAUCGUCGUUUCGAUUCUGCGACUUUUGCAUACUCUCAGCGUCUCGCUGGAAUUAGAUUUUGGUGCCGAGCCAUUCAUCGUCAUGGGUAUCAACCAGGCUACCUGGGCGCUGAUGCAGGCUCUCCAGGGCGAAAACCGCGCAGGCAAGAAAAAGACGCACCUGCUGCUUGCUUCUGAAGCUGGCUCGCCGUUGGAUGACGAUGUGCCGUACGAAGGUCUCUGUCUCCUGAUCGAGCUACUGACAGAGCUAUCGGGAUCUGCUCGUGCUGGUGUCGACGACGGAGGCUCUGAUCAAUCCUUGGAAUUGCAACCAUCAAAGACGAGCGACGUAUGUCUGCUUGGUUUCGAGCAUGUUCUCGGCUUGCUGCAGACACCGGAACCGCUAAGUGUACCUCGACUCCGACAAGGACUCGGCAAGCUCACUUCCUCCAUCUUCAGCCUCUUUUCCGGCCGACUCGUUCUCAUCGCCUCCAAUACCCACACAGCACACGCGUCGCUGCUCGACAAAGCCAUACAGGCGCUGUCGCUGUGCAUCAAGACCGACGAACACGACACUGCGCAUCUUGGUCUGGAGUGCAUCGUCUCCUUCUGCAAAGUCGUCUCGAACCACUUUUCUCCACCGAGCCCGCAACUCCAGUCAGCUCUGCACAACUGUCUGGGCUCUGUGUUGAGGCUGUUGCUCGCAGAGCCGCUGGAUCGGGCUCUGUUCUGGUCAUCGCUGUUCGCGCUGACGUCGUUGAUCAAGGUAUCUCGAAGCACGGAUCUAGGUUCGGCGGUGGUCAAAGCUGGAGAAGGUGUAGAGAACCGAGCUGCGUUCGAGGCUGCUGCCAAGGAGCUGGUAGAGACGGCGCUGGGACCAUUGGGUCAAGACGACGCGGAAUGGAUCCAUGCGUGCAAGCAAAAACUGCCACGAUGGAGAGGCCAGAUCCGCAUCCGUUGA